CGGAAGUUCCGGUAUUAUUCGCUAUGUUGUACUUGAUGGUAGCUAGUUUACACCCCUCCCGUCUCCUGUGUCGACAGCAGAUCCUCCUCCAGCCUCUUUAAACUGUCUUCACCGCCUCAGAAACGACAUUUUGGAGGUACGGUCUGUAGCCCUCCGUACUGACACUCCUCAUAUCUCUCUGUGUGUUUCGGAGGAUAUUUCUUCUCUAUCGGAACGCUCAGAACCACAAACGAACACAGACGGGAGCCGCGUUGCAGGCUACUUCAGAGGGCGGAUAAAGCGGAGGAGGGCAUCCGGGCCUGGCUGCUCCGGAGAGUCGGCUUGAAACGACGGAAUUCACCAGUAUCAGGCCGUGCACUGCCCUGCUAUGGAGAAGAUGAAGAGGAUUAAGAAGCGUCUGUCGUUAACGCUCCGCUCCAGUCAGACCAUCGACGAGUCUCUGUCUGAACUGGCUGAGCAGAUGACCAUCGAGGAUGGUGGCACCAAGGACAACGAGCCCUUCAUGAGGAACGGCCGCCCGCCCACGUCCCACAGCAUGCACUCCUUCCUGCACCAGUACACAGGCUCCUUCAAGAAGCCCCCGCUGCGCCGGCCGCACAGCGUCAUCGGUGGCACCCUGGGGUCCUUCAUGGCAAUGCCACGCAAUGGCAGUCGGCUGGAUAUUGUGCAUGAGAACCUGAAGAUGGGCUCAGAUGGGGAGAGCGACCAGGCAUCGGGAACGUCUUCAGACGAGGUGCAGUCACCAACCGGCGUCUGUCUGAGGAACCGUGUCCACCGACGGAUCUCCAUGGAGGACCUCAACAAGCGCUUAUCUUUGCCUGCUGACAUCCGAAUUCCUGACGGUUACCUGGAGAAGCUGCAGCUCAGCAGCCCGCCUUUCGAUCAGCCGCUCAGCCGACGCUCGCGCCGAGCCUCGCUGUCGGAGAUUGGCUUUGGCAAGUUGGAGACGUACAUUAAGCUGGACAAACUGGGAGAGGGAACCUAUGCUACAGUAUUUAAAGGACGCAGUAAGCUGACUGACAACCUGGUGGCGCUGAAGGAGAUCAGGCUGGAGCACGAGGAAGGAGCACCAUGCACCGCCAUCCGAGAAGUGUCAUUACUGAAGGACCUCAAACACGCCAACAUCGUGACGCUACACGACAUCGUCCACACUGACAAGAGCCUCACGCUCGUCUUCGAGUAUCUGGAUAAGGACCUGAAGCAGUACAUGGAUGACUGUGGAAAUAUAAUGAGCAUGCACAAUGUGAAGAUUUUCCUGUUCCAGAUUUUGCGAGGGCUGUCGUAUUGUCAUAAGAGAAAAGUUCUCCACAGGGACCUGAAGCCCCAGAACCUCCUUAUCAACGAGAAAGGAGAACUCAAACUGGCUGAUUUCGGUCUGGCGAGGGCCAAGUCUGUCCCGACUAAAACCUACUCCAACGAGGUGGUGACUCUUUGGUAUCGGCCUCCUGAUGUCCUGCUGGGAUCCUCUGAGUAUUCAACACAGAUUGACAUGUGGGGUGUUGGUUGUAUAUUCUAUGAGAUGGCUGCAGGUCGGCCGCUUUUCCCCGGCUCCACUGUGGAAGAUGAGCUCCACCUCAUCUUCAGGUUACUGGGCACGCCCACAGAGGAGAACUGGCUGGGAAUCACCUCCAUUGAAGAGUUUAAAUCCUACAACUUUCCCAAAUACAAACCACAGCCAUUAAUCAACCACGCUCCCAGGCUGGACAGCGAAGGCAUCGAACUGCUGCUGUCUUUCCUCAAAUACGAAUCCAAGAAGAGGAUUUCAGCCGAAGAGGCCAUGAAACAUUCCUACUUCAGGCAGCUCGGGAUGAGAGUGCACACAUUGCCUGAGAGUAUAUCAAUAUUCACAUUAAAAGAAGUGCAGCUGCAGAGAGACCCUGGCUACAGGAACUCCUCGUACCCAGAGUCAGGUAACAGCAAGAUCAACAGGAGGCAGAGCAUGCUCUUCUAAUGUCUGAUGAAGAGGAUGGUCGACUGCCUGCGACUUUUUCAUCAUUUCCCACCAGUCUCUCGCAUGAGCCCACCUCCCCUCGGAGUAACCCCUUCCCCUCUUUACCUGCACACACACAUACACACACACACACGAACAUAAACACGCACACACACCCCUCUGAGCAAGUGACUCUGGGUUGAAUCUAUUUGGAGACUGUGUUUAUUUAUUGGGGGGCAGGGUGGAUUUGAAUUUUUUGCUGCUAAACUACUACUGUCUGUAUUUAACACACCGUGUGUGUGUGUGUGCGCGCGUGCAUGUGUGUGUGUGUGUGUGUGUGUCUGUCUAUAUGAUGUGAACUCAAGCCGCCAUGCACAGUUGAGCAGUCAGUAAGGUUACUGUUGUUUUUCUUCUGACUACCAUUCUCCGGCUUCAUUUGAGUUAGAAUUCCUCUGAUGUUGAUGUCGACGCUGUGAUCCAAGUUGUGGUUCUUGUUGUCGUGCUUGGGGACAGAACGCUUCAGUUUAUUAAGAUGGGUUUUUUUUUUAUAAAUAUGUAUAUCUAUAUAUAUUUGGAGUUUAUGUUUUGUUUUUCUUCGAGCUUCCGUGACUGAAGUCCACAACAUUUCCAGGUUUAAAAAGGCUGAGGCGACUAGGUAGUCUCGGUUGGGGAAAAACAGUUCCUCUGGAUUCCUAGUCAUCAUUUUUCUGAAACAUUUCAGUUGGACUCAGCUGCAAAAGGCCCUAUUGCCCUCUGGGGGUUACACUUAGGGCCAAAGUGCAGGACUGUGAAUGGAUGGUGGUAACAGUUUUCCUCACAGAGUCCAAUCCAACUGGGAGAACAUGAAACCAGUGUUCGACUCUUUUGGCUAUUCUGGCAAAAGGAAUGAGGUGGAGAGGCAAAGAUUUCAGAAGAUGAGCGAACAGCAUGGAGGAAUACCGGAGCUGAACAGGAAGUCAUGUGAUGUCCCACAGGAAGCCAGCAAGCCUUUCCUAAAACCUCACACAAAACUGCCAGGACUUCAGUGCUUUUUAAAAAAAAUGAAAGCUACUCUGUCUCGCUCUGUGUGCAUUUGGAGAUCUCACUGCAGUAACUUGUUGUUUUUAACUUGCACUUCAGAGUGUUAUUUUGGAAUCAGGGACCGGGGCCUCGACAUGGCCGAGUUUACCCAACAGUAUUAAGAUGUGUUCUCUGUGUCUGUGACCUUUGACCUCUCCUUGUGAAACAACAGUGUCAUUGUGGCAUGUUUUUCUGAGGGGAGGGUGGCGGGGUGUGAUGUUCAAAAGCAAAAUGGUUGCUAUCCACUUGGUGUAGGACCACUGCUCUCUCCAGCAUUUGUACACAAGAAAAAAAAAAUUUCAAAUUGAAAUUUUAACUGCCCGCUGUGUUGUUUUCAACUGACAGUGAUACUACAGAUGAAGCCAUUUGAGAAAUCUCACUUUUGACUGCAUGUUUACUGAAGCAAAUGGAAAAAUUCCUACCAAAUUACUGCAACGCUUCCACUAAAAUGUCUCCUGGUGUGCUUUGCAAUCCUGGCUCAUGGACCAGUGAAGGUGUAGUCACGGAUGUUUCCAGCAGCUGUGUGAAAGUAAGAAAUAUUUCAUUGCUUCAAAUGAAUAGUUUGAUGUUUUGAGAAACAUGUUUAUUUAAUGUCUUGCAAGCGCUAGAUGAGAAGAUUGGUGCCUCUUUCGAGUAUAGUGAAGAAGCACGUUAGCUUAGCACAAAGGAAAAAAUCGGGGAAACUGCUGGCUUGGCUCUGAAAUAACAAAUCUGCCUACAAAUUAACUUAAGGGAUCUGUUUUGUUUAAUAUGUACAAAAAAAGUGUAAAAAUCGCAACUUAUAUAUAUUUUUUUCAAGGGUUGGUGUUCUGGACUAAGUCUUGACCAGGCACAGUAACUUCUUGACUUUUUGCCAAGAUUGAGAGUCUGCUAAGCCAUAACAAUUUUUUUUUGUUAGUUUGUUUUUUCCUCAAACUUUGCAUUUUAUGCAAAUUAAACAAGUUGUUACGGGUUGAUUUCUGAGCUUCAGAGUUGCUGGGUGCUGUCGUUUGUUACCUUUAAACAGUAUGAUGCUAACCCCUUCCGUUUGUUUUUAGUUUUUAUGCCAAGCUAAAAGCUAAGCUAAGCUAACUAGCUAGACAUGAGAGUGGCAUUGAUGUUCUCAUCUAACUUUCGUCAGGAAAGGGAACAAAUCUAUUACCCAAAAUGUCAAACUAUUCCCUCCAGAGAUUAUAUUUCAGUGUUAGACUUUAACAGUCUGAAAAUUUCACAUUUAUUGUCCGUUGAGAUUUAAAGGAUUUGUGCACCCCUAGAGUGAGAGAGAGAAUUAAUGUGAUAAAUUAAUGCAGUAAACAUUAACUUAAACACAGUUCAUAGUUAAUAGUGUAAUAAUCCUGUAAACAUUGUAUUUCUCAUCCUUUCAGUAGUUAAAAACCUUUGACAGAAUAUUUUGUUUGUUUCACUUAAGGAUUAAAUUAUUUUCAAAAGCUCAGUAGAUGAGCUUGUAAUUUGAUAAAUUCAAACCUUGCACAAACCCACAAUGAAAAGAGAAAAGAUAAUGACAGCGGUUUACAUUUCAAAUGAUGAAAUAAUCAGAACUAAUGUGUUUACAGGUCCAAAGUCGUUAUAUUAAUGGUAGACCCCCUGUAUUGCAUUGAUUUCUCAUGUCACCAACCGAAAGUGGUUUUAAAAUGACAACAUUUUUCUUCUCCUCAUUGUAUUUGACAAAAACCGUAUCCCUCUCUGAAACUUUUUCUUCAAUUUAAUUGUUUUUUUUAUGCCUUUCAGACAUGAGAAGGCAGGAUUAUUCCACUGCUAACUGCAAACCGUGUGCUCGCAGAAUUUUUUUGACAUUAACAGCAGUGACAUGCAUGAAAGGAGAUUUCUACAACGGCUAAAUAUUUAUCAUUGUAAAGGUGUAAAACGUUUUCAAAUGUGUGAAUGACCUGAAUUUAUGUGAACAUGUCUGAAUGUGUGUAUGUGUGCGUGUGUGUGCCUGAUGCAUGGAAGGCCUGCUGUGUUGUGAAUUCGACCUCUGAAACACUGAGCUGCCGGUCAACAGUUGGUGUGUGACUCUUUUUACUGGAACUAUUUAUUUCUCAUAACCAUCGAAAGUAAAUUUAAUCUGUUUCAUAAACA